CCGCUCCAAGCGAAGGAAGAGGGUUCGCGAGAGACAGGGAGAGAGAGAGAGGGGAAAACCGAGGCACCUUUUUCUUCAUUUCCUCUGUUCUCUCCGCCCACCCAAUCCGAUGCAUUCGCCCCUCGAUCCAUCCGCCGGGGCCAUCGGAUGCUGCGCCUUCCUCCGCCGCCCCGCCUCCUUCUCGCGCCACCUCGGCUACCGCCCUCUCGCCCCCCUCGAGGAGCCGCCGCCGCUGGUGCGGGUGGUGGUGGGGAAGGAGCGCCGGGUGUUCCUGGUCGACCCCUUCGUCCUCGACAGCAACCCCUUCCGGAUCUUGAUGGAGGCGGCCGGGGACGAGCGGUCGAGGCGGAAAGGCGCCGUCUUUGUCGACGUUGACGCCAUCCUGUUCGAGCACAUGCUGUGGUUGGCCUACAACGAACCCUCUUCUUCCUCCUCCUCCGCUUCUUUGUUCCAGCUCAACCUGAAGGAGAUCAUACAGUUUUAUUCUCAGGACAAUUAGAAAGAAAAAGAGAAAUCGAGAUGGGUCUAAAAAUUUGAUUUGGUCUUUAGCUAUUUCUUUUAUUCUCUUUGUUUGGGAGUUGAUUUAUUACAAACAAUGAGAGACGAUAAUCUAAUGGAAGGGAUAAACCCAGAAAUUUAUAUGAUUUCUACAACUUCUGUACUUGUAGAUCCAUGUAUUACAUAUUGCAGUGUAUGAUUGAAAUAAAUCGUGAAUUUCUCUGUU